CUUCUAUUCCGCAUCGAUUGUAGGCAGCUCCUCUCCCGCUCUCCGAUCUUCUUCCGCACACCUUACUCUGGCCAGCGGUCUCUAGGGUAGCUGUAAUUAAGAAGAUGGCAGCAUGUCCACAAAGGAUUUAGCGGUGACACCAUUCUCGCUGGAUGACGGGGUAAGUCACCUCACUGGAAUUGUGCAGCGGCAAUUUCGACGGUGCCUGCGGUGGUGGUAUCAACAACGGCGGCCGUGUUGGGCGUGCACUGAAGGUGCUGAAGAAGAAACGUGGAGUGGCUUGGCUAACGAAACUAUAAAGCUUCGGGAGUGCUUCUUCGCCGGGAGAGGAAGGAAACGUAAAUUGGGAGCCAGUGAUGGGGACUUUGGACGGAGGAUUGCUAGUGCCCCAGAUUGCUUCGCAGUCGAGAUCACAGUGCAAAGACUCGAACUUUCAGGCAACGAUCAAGGCCUCCGGUUCCUCAAGUCAAAAACAAGUUUCAACGAGCAUGUAGAUGAUCGCAUCCCUUCCGAAUAUGGACUCUAUAUGUGCGUGGAAGUUCAGCAUAAAUUAUUGAACAUCAAUCAUGCCGGUUUUGUUGUACUUUAAUUAUACUCCCUAUUAUGAAUAUAAACUCAAAAAUUGACUACAUGAUUCACUCAUAGCCCGUUAGUUCUUGUCUUCAUCGCAGAUGGCCGUCCAUGGUGAAUCAUAUCACAUCUCCUUAGCUGGUCUCCUAGAUUUGUUUCUAUAAAGGCUCCUGGCUCCAAAGCGUGAAUGAAUUUCAUCUCCUGUGGAGAUGGUCUCCUAGAUUUCCAUCAAAUAAUUUAUUUUAGAUUCUUGAUGUAUAUUCUUGAUGUAUUUGAAUUUCAAUGAAUUUAGAUUCUUGUC